UUCCACGUAUCAUAGAGCUGCAAGUUCGUUGCACAACGCUGUAAAGCCCGCUAGGUAUAUAAGUCUCUCCUUCGUCUCUUUUCUUGCAAUAGUGCAGUUAACAGGUGAUUCUAUCGGUGCAAUGCAUGUAUAAAUAUAUAGUGUCUUGAAAAACGCAUUCGGCUUUUGGUUACCCUUUUAGCAGAUCCGUCAUGUCUUUAUAAGAAUCUUGAUCUUAUUUUGAGAUUGAAAUUAGUGAAAUAUUACCUUCACGUGUCGAACUUAUUCAUCUUUCUUUUUUAUUUAUGUAUUUUUAACUUUUAUUUUUUUUUUUUCAAAGAAGUAAAAGUUAGAAGUCAAAACUGGAUAGGGCAUCUCAUCGAUUGAUUUUUUACAUUUUGUUGUUCGUUCAACGAUUGGAACAUCCAAGUAAGUCUAUGUUUCUUCAUUAUCAUUAUCAUCAUCAUUAUCAUCUUCGUCAUCGUCGUCAUGUCAAUUAUCAGAAACGCCCAUUCCUAUUGAAAUUAUUUUCCUUACGUAAACCUCAUUAGAAUAGUUACAGACAUCACAUAGCAUUGAUUGAUAUCGAACCAGUAUUUUAUAUAACUUCAUAAGAUCAAUUUACGAGGUUGUUUCCAUCUACAAAUUCCUGUGAAUUUUUAAACAUUUUUAUUAAUUGUGUCGUACGAUAUUUAUUAUUAUUAUUAUUAUACUGCUUACUGUCUAUAUCAAUUGUUACGAAACAUCUAUAUUUUAUGUGAAUCAUAAUUAUGCAAACUGAAAUCAAGUAUCCAGUUGUACCAGAAGAUCCUGGAAAAAAAUUUAAUUUAAUAUGGAAAAAUAUAUCUUUUGUCGUGAAAAAAAAAACAAGUCAAAAUUAUUUAAAGAGUUUCCUCGGAUUAGACAAAUUCGAAUAUGUUCGUAUUUUGAAUGGAGUAAAUGGUAUUGUUCAAUCUGGAACAUUGAUGGCUAUCAUGGGUCCGAGCGGAUCUGGGAAGACAACUCUCCUUGCGACAUUGAGCCGACGAAUAAAAGGCGAAAUCGAGGGUGAAAUUUUAUUGAACGGAAAAUCAAUUAGCAAGGAAGAAAUGAUUAAAAUAUCUGGUUUUGUACCUCAACAGGAUCUUGCUAUCGAAUCAUUGACCGUUCAGGAACACAUGGAAUUUAUGGCAUGUAUGAAGAUGGAUCGAAGAUAUCGUGCUGGUUUAAGAAAGUUAAGAAUAUCUGUACUGUUGACAGAAUUGACAUUGAUCAAUUGUGCUAAUUCAAAAUUGUCAGCAUUGUCUGGUGGUGAAAAAAAGAGAGUGUCCUUGGCAGUACAAUUAUUGACAGAGCCCAGUAUUCUCUUUUGUGAUGAACCUACGACAGGUCUUGACAGUUACACAGCUAUGACAGUAUUGAAUACCCUUCAUGAUGUUUCUAAAAGGGGUAAAAUAGUUAUCUGUUCGAUACAUCAACCAACUUCAGGUUUAUUCGACAUUUUUCAUUGGCUUUUAUUAAUUUCUGCCGGUCGAGUUGCUUUUCAAGGCUCGGUAAUCGACGCCACAAAUUUCUUUGAUAGUUUAAAUCUACACUGCCCAUCAAUUUACAAUAAUGCUGAGUUCUACGUGUCCCAAUUAUCUGAGAACGAUGAGGAUAAGAGUUCUGAAAAGGUGAAAUGGAUCUGUGAUCGAUAUGAAGAAUCAAUUUAUGCAAAGAAAGUUUCAUCGUUGAUUAAAGAUUACCACGGAUAUGUUAAAGAGGCUGAUAACUUUCCAAUAAUAUUUUCGGACAAUGUACUAUCAAAAAAUGAUUUUAAAAAGAUCGGAUUAUUAACUCAAAUCAAAUGGCUUCUUUGGCGAACUUACAUCGAUUACAAGAGAAAUCUCUCUUCUAUAUUCCUACGAUUUAUAAUUUAUUUGUUUGUAGGUAUUUUUAUAUCUUUACCAUACGUAAACGUAGCUGAGAAAGUUGAUCAAAAUAGUAUACAAAAUAUUCAAGGUCUCAUGUACUUGACCGUAGUGGAAACUUCGUUUACAUUCAAUUACAACAGUUUUUAUAUCUUUCCAAGAGAAUUGCCGUUACUUUUGUACGAUAUCGCAGCGAACUUAUAUAAUCCAACAUCAUAUUACAUUAGUAAAAUUCUAAUUAUGAUUCCAAGUACCAUAUUUCAACCAUUUUUAUAUGCUGGAAUAAUUUAUCUUAUCACUGGACUGAAAGGUGGAUUAUUUGGUUUCAUUUAUUUCGUUAUACCAAUUGUGUCAUGUGCAUUUAGUUCUUCUGCUUUUGGACUUUUGAUGUCAACACCCUUUGAUUCAAUAGAUAAAGCUUCUUUGGUAUCAGUACCAAUUGAUUUUAUAUUUCUCUUGUUUUCUGGCAUCUUUUUACAUAUAGGAAAUUUAUUACCAUUAAUAUCAUGGAUGAGAUAUUUGUCUAUAUUUUAUUAUGCUUUGGAAGCUGUUUCUUUGGUGCAAUGGGGACAAUAUGAUCAUAUAGAGUGCUUACCAGAUCCAGAAAUACCUUGCAUCUCUACUGGGUUAGAAGUACUUGAUAAAUAUGGUUACAUAAACGAUCAUUAUUACAUUGAUUUAUUAGGUCUUCUAUUAAUAUUUCUCCUCAGUCAUUUCGCCAAUUUUUUGGUAUUUCGUUAUAGAAGUCAAAAGGAACCAGUUUAUUAG